ACAUGUUGAUCAUGUUGAUUUUGAAUGCUGAUAGAUCUGCAUCUCUUCGUCGCCGGUCGCCGGCUUUCAAGUUUUGUGAUUUUUGAUAAAAAGUGAGUUUUGUGUACACUAUUUAUUCGUAAAUUCUUGUUUGUGUAUCGCUCAGCCUCUCCAAAAAACGCGAUUUAAUACUACCAUACUCCAUACACUGUCGCCUAGCGGCCGAACCGGCAGGGAUAUUAUUAAUUAACUCGAGGACAGUUAAUGAAAUUUACAUAAGAAAAUUUUGCCGAUGGUGUCCCGACGGAUUACAUGCAAAGGGUGACGCUCCAGAAUGCGACGCUUCCUUCUUCCGAAGAGGAGACCUGUAAUUUUGUAUGAGCUGGGUGUUCUAAUGGAGAUCCCUUGUAAUGCUAGAAGUUUCGGCCGGAUACGACCUGGCACUGCUGGCACCCAAGCAUAUGCCCAAGCCACCCCAAGCUACGAGACUUAUCGUGCACGUAUUGCGUGGCACCUCGAGGGCGUAGGGGACGGGAUACGGACACAUUUGAUGAUGAGGAAGGGGGUGAGGCCGUAGGGGGUCCCGAUGGUAGGUCGUUCGAUAGGAUAGGAAAUUAAAAAAAUAUCUCAAAUGAGGCUGUUUAAUUUGGGAUUAAGAGUGACUGCUGAGGCACAAUUAUCGUAAUGGGUCAAAUCUUUAGAACAGAGCAACCACACUUCGGACGCGACGUGAUUUGCUUUUUUUAUGGGUAGUGAUUCGUGAUAGAGAGGCUAGCAUACCCCAGCUCAGCCAGAAACCAACCAAAGUUAAUUCGAGCUUGUGGCAUGUAUAAGCCAAAGAAGAUCCCAGAUGAAACAUUACAAGACGUGUGUGAUUGGUCUUAAAGCUUCUUCUGGUUCUCCCAGACUCCCAGGCAAGGUCGAAGUUCAGAGGAUCGUCCGAUGUCCAGGGAGUUGGGGCAUUCGGCAUGCCCAAGUGCAGCUUGAUGCCUGGCCUUUUAUUAAUGGGACUGACCAUCAUAAUAGAACUGAAGAAAUACUGGUGGAGGGAUAUGGAUAUGGUGGAAGUAUUGCAAUAUGGCCUAAAGACUGGUCUGUCCUCUCAUAUCUUACAAUGUAGCAGCUGUAAAAAUAGCUUGUCCUAUCUCAUGAAUCAAUCUGGAAGAGGCAACGUUCUGUUACAUAUGGUAUAUUACAGUAUGAUUACAAUACAUAUUCUGCAUAUUUCUAUGACUCGGUUAACCUCCCAUAUGUUAAUGGAACAGAUUGAACAGAACAAAUUGAUAGAGCUACCUGCAUUCUCCUUAAAAGUAUUUAUUUUUGCUGCUUCUGUUGCCGCCCUCUUGCUCCUCCUCAUCUUCAACAGGAUUCAACAAAAAAUCCUCUUGCUCUUUCACCAUAUAUAAAAAGGUUGGUUUUGUGUAUUUUGUCUAUAGAGGUCUAUUUUUAUUUUGGUACUGUUGUAAAACUUUGAUAAUCUGGACAAACUUUAGACUUUAAAAAUGUCAUUAAACUGCAGAAAAUAUUAUAUAGAUGAUAAUUUAUCCAUCAUAUCUAAAAUCAUGCUUUGAAUUUCAUUUAAAAUGUUCGUAAUGCUGCUUGUAUAGUAUCUAAAGAUAUUUUUUGUAUAGUGGUAAUCUCGAUUCUCUAUAAAUGAGGGUUACUUGUAUUUUUUAUUAAGUUAAUUAUUUUUUUUUUAAUUAAAAAUCUACUCUUAUCGAUAAUUAAUAUU